UCCGAGUUUCGGACGUGGUUCCCGGGACUGCGACGCACCGCGACCGAGUUCGUGAACCCCGAGGAGAAGCCCCGGUUCAGGAUACUCGCCUGGCCCAACGCGGGUAACGCCGAGGACAUGUACACCAACGAUUCGGUCGUCAACGCGAGGCUGCCCACGUCGCCGCUGCUGGACUGGUGCCGCAAGAACGGCGCGGAGAUGCUCGCCGUGCAGCUCCCCGGCCGCGGCGGCAGGAUGAAAGAAUCCUUCGCGGAGUCGCCGCAGGCAGCGGCAAAAGCUCUGCUCCCGAUCGUCGCCAGUCGCCUCGUCGACGUGCCUUACAUCGUCGUCGGGCACAGCGUCGGCACCUGGCUCGCGUACGAGUUCGUGAGGCUGGCGCAGAAAGAGGGUUUGCCCGCGCCAGUCAACGCGUUCCUGUCCAACUUUCCUGCGCCCGACUUGCCGGCGGAGGAGCGGCCGUGGACGCCGAACCGGGGAAUGAGCGACCAGAAGUUCAAGGACGAGUGCCGCGCGUGGGAUGUCAACGAGGCGGUGUUCGGUCCCAACAUGUGGCCCACGUACAAGACCAUCCUGCGUAAAGAUUUCGAGCUGUUCGACAGAUAC